AUGCUGGAUAAGGCCACCCUGCUGCUGUUCCUGCAUUUAGUCGCAUGCUCCAUCUCCUCUCCUCUCUACCCAGCUCUCAGGUACAGUCCAGGGCCAGUUGCUGCCAAGGCCAUGAACUUCCAGCUCCAGCAGAGCAGCCCAUUGCAGAGCCAUAACCCCUCGGCGGAGGAACAGGAUGAGGAGAGUUCAUUAACAGACGCCACCGAGAAAAGGAUGCAGCGCCAUGCUGAUGCCAUAUUCACUGACAACUACCGGAAAUUCCUGGGGCAGAUUUCCGCCCGCAAAUUCUUACAGACCAUCAUUGGCAAGCGGCUUGGAAGCAGUGAGAGCAGCCCAGGAGAAGGGGUGCAUGAAUUUCUGACAAGGCGCCAGUCUGACAGCAUCCUGAUGGACAGCCGCUACCACCAACGGAUGGUACUAAGGGACUUCCUGGGAGCCAUCCUGCAGAAUCAAAGGCCUCAGGACAUCAACAGCAGUCGGUUAGAAGGCUUUCCCAGCACCCUGGCUAAGCUCAUGUAA